AUGAAUAAAGCAAAGGGUUCAAUGCAAAAACUACGUUCCAAGGCCAAUGUUAAGGAAGAAAAACUACAAGAACUGGCAAACAAAAUUGAUGAGACUGAUGAAAUGAAAUUAAAGAUGUUGGCUGCCAUUGAAAACCCGGAUCCUGAUGAUCUUCUUUAUCCACCUGAACUGAAUGCUCACUUGAUUGAGCAGUUAAAAAUAAUGACAUCUGACAACAAUGAACUUCGCAAAUGUGUUUUUACAAAAGACCAAAAUAUAAAAGAGUUGAACAAAACCGUAACUGACUUAAACCAACGAAUUCGUGACAUAAUUUCAGGCACGGGACCUGCAAUAUCUUCUAAAUCUGCUGGCAUAAUCAGUGCAAAAAUAACUGAUCUUUGCAAACAAAAUAGGCAUUUGGUAGCUGAAAUAGAGAGCUACAAAACUAAAAACGCAGCCCUAGAACGUAAAGUUAUACAGCUGGAUCUCAUAAAUAAAGAACAUGAGCAAUUAGAUAUAUGUGCUUGCAAAGAAGAGAAUUUUGAUGCAAGUCCCGAUGAACUGAAGGAAUUAAAUAAUAAACUUGCCUCGGUCAAUAAGAAACUUUAUGAAAGCAAAAAUAGGAAUUUAGAACUUAAAAACGAUAUUUUGAUAGCAACAAAAAUUCUCCAGCAAGAGCUGGGUGAUAAGUUUACUAGCAUCAAAGAGUUGCAAAACGAUGUUGCUGGAUGGAAAGGUAGAGCACAACAGAUUAUGCUGUUGCAAGCUAAAGUUGCGGAUCUCGAAGAAAAGUUGAAUGUGAAGCAAAAAUCAGAUACCCCAUUGGAUAGUAAGAAGAAGGACCAGAGCCAGUUCAUUCGAGAAAUUGAGCAAAAAAGGAAGAAAGAAGUUGAGUCAGCCAUGAAGGAAAUGGAAUCACUGAAAGAAGAUAAUCAAGAUUUGAAGAGAAAAUUAGAGGGUGCUCGGUGCAGAAUACGAAAUUUGGAAUGCGAUACUACCACUAUCAGACAAAAGAUGCAAACCUUAUUGGAAAAAAGCAAUCAUGAUGACAUGCUGAUAAAUGAGCAAAGAGCUCAAAUCAAAACUUCUGAGCUUUAUUAUCAAGAGAUACUUAAAGAAAAUACAGCUAAAAUGAACAAAAUGAAUGCUGAAAUUACGGAAUCACAAAAAGAAAUUAAAAACACUGACGCCAAAAUUGAUGCAUUAAGGAAGCAGGCAACAGAAAAGGCUGCUAAGAUUGAAGAACUUAGAGCUCAGCUGCUGAGAUACGAGGAAUGUUCACUGCAAAGUAUUUUCUUUACUCCAAUGAAAACUGCGACCGAUAAUGAAAUUCAAAAGUUAUCUGAACUUGUUACGACUUUGAACACUAGAAUAGAUGAAGAAAGACAUAAAUGGGAAGAGUUGGAAGCCAAACACAGAAAAGUAAAAGAAAAGAAGAGGCGUUUAGAACGUAAGGUUGCUAGUUUAGAGGAAGAAAUGAAGCCACUAAAAGAAACAUUAAGAAGAGGAUCUAGAACUUCGAAGGUUUCUGUUAUAAAAGAACAACCUUAUGAAGGGUAUGGUGCUUCAUCUGUAACAAAAAAAGCAUCCUCCGUGGUUGCUAUAGAAAAACCCAGUGAAAGUUCUUCAGAAUCCCAACCAAGCGAUGGUGCUGAGUCUUUAGAUAAAGACGAUUUGAAAUAUAAGCUGGAGUUAACUGAAGAAAAAUUAAAAAUAAUGGAAGACAAACUGAAGAUGAUUGAGGAAGAAAAGCAAGAUGAUUAUAAUCAUCUAACAGACAUGAUACAGACGUCAAAACAAUUAUUUAAUGAGGCGUUGAUGGUAUUACAAAGAGAAAAAUGUCUUUGUUCGUAG